UGGUCAAAAAAAAACGGAUUAUGUUUCUCUGUCACUUUCAACGGGAUCGACUGUAAAGAAGAACGAAACAGAGGAAGAUAUAGAGGCAGAACAACUACAACGAUUUAAAGAUUGGAAAAAAAAAUCUGAUUCAUCGGCCAAAUCACAUACAGACAAUCCACUUUUGUCAAAACAAACCGAUAUAGUUGCAGAUUUUGAUCAAACAUUGUCUGCACUCAGUGGUGGCUCUUUUUCCUUCUCAUUUAAUGGUCCAUUACCGGAUUCUGCAAUUACUGAGGAAAAGCUUAGCGAGAAAACUUCCACAAUUGCGCAAGAUAGUAGCAUAGUUGCAAGCUCACGUAUAGUAUCACCACCACCAGGCGUUGGAUUUAUUAGAACAGACAUUUCAAACCUUUCAAACAGUGCUGAAUUUAAUCAACCAUCACCCAUUCCUUACACUGGCUCGUUCAAUCCGUUUGCACCUGAUGAUGAUAAAUUCGAUCCCUUCUCUAGUGAAAGUCCAUCUUUAGGUGUUAUUGGAAUAUCAUCUCUUGGUAAUAACGUUUCGGAUAUCUAUGUAAAUGAUGCGAGGACACAUUCACAGGCAUAUUGUAAUUCUGCAAAAUCAAGAAAUUCAUCACGGUUCGGUUUUGCCCAAGAUGGUGAAUUCACGCAUUUAAAUUCUGCAGACCCAUUGGCUAUGAAAGAUUUACAAGAUGGUUUCCGAGCACUAUUUCCAAAUGUUAAUAUAAGUUUUGGACCAAGUGAUGUGCAUCAAGAAUCCAUGUGGAAUACUUCAAAUGAUUCUACUUUCGCGCCGUUGCGCCGAAAUUUAAUGAAUGCACCUCCCGGUGUUCCGAUUUCUAGUAUGAACCAAGCUCAAAAUCUUCUUAACAACACAUCUCCUGGCCUGGAUCAUCAUUUCCACCAAAAUAUGUUAAUGCAGCAUCAUCAGCAGUUGAGCGGAAAUUCGGUUGUACCUCCAGCUAUUAAGUCACCCCCACCUGGAAUUUAUGCACAAUCUCCUCGGAUGGAUUAUGGCAUAACUGGUGGUUGGAAUCCACCAACUACUACCUGGAAUACUGAAGAUGACUACUUAUCUCGUCAACCCCCACAUCAACCUCCACAUCAGCCGUCUCAAAAUCAAUUUUUAUCUAACCAUUCUAGAAAUGAAGCUCAAGACAUUUUCGGUGCUUUUCUUAAGGCUGCUGCAGUUAAUAAUUCAAAUACUCACGAUGAAGUGUCUAGAGAAGCGGAGGCAUUACCAAAUAUUCUUCAAGAUCCUGCUAUUAUGUCAGUUCGAAUUUCUCAAGCAGACAAUGCAUAUCGGGCACCAGGUGCGCCAGUAAUGUCACAGCAGCAAUAUCAGCCAAUACAAAAUGUUGGGGGCCAUCGGUUAAGUGUAUUUGAACGGGUAACAAGAACAGGUGACGAACAAAUUGGUGGUGGGUUCGGUGUAGGAAUCGGAUUGGGUAAUAUGGAUGCAG